UUGUCAGCGCAUAUAUCUCUUCUGUCUGUCUUUUAACGCAGAUUUUUCCUUUUUGAUUAUCUUGUAAAUUUUUUUUUUUUGCUUUCUUAAGAUCAAAGAAAAAGCAAUUAGAAAUGGCAGAUCAACUUACCGAUGAUCAGAUCUCCGAAUUUAAGGAAGCCUUUAGUUUGUUCGACAAAGAUGGAGAUGGUUGCAUUACCACAAAGGAGCUUGGGACUGUGAUGAGAUCACUGGGACAGAAUCCUACCGAGGCAGAGCUCCAGGACAUGAUUAAUGAGGUUGAUGCUGAUGGGAAUGGAACUAUUGAUUUUCCUGAGUUUCUAAAUCUAAUGGCUAGGAAGAUGAAAGACACCGACUCCGAGGAGGAGCUGAAAGAAGCCUUUAGAGUUUUUGACAAGGAUCAGAAUGGUUUUAUUUCUGCUGCUGAAUUGCGCCAUGUGAUGACAAACCUUGGCGAGAAGCUUACUGAUGAAGAAGUUGAUGAAAUGAUAAGGGAGGCAGAUGUUGAUGGUGAUGGCCAGAUAAAUUAUGAGGAAUUUGUGAAAGUCAUGAUGGCAAAGUGAUCAUCCUAUUGCCACCAAAACUAAAAUGGAAACGUUUCCUAUUUUCUUUUUUAUUUUAAUUUUUUUUGGAUUUUUGUUUGAUGAUUUUGAAUCAACCUCUUAAAAGGUAGUUGUGAUCUAUCCAUGGUAGUUGAAUGUUGGGUGUUACUUUUAAUGUGAUGUUUCUAAUGUCUUUCUAAACUCGAUUGCCUUUGGCAGUUUGUUUUGUUUUUCUAGUCUCUAUGAACUUGAACUUACCUUGGAGGAUUCAAUGCAAUCUAUUGGAUUUUUGGAUUA